UCCGGUAGGGGAUGAGACAGACGUGGCGGACUGGCAGUGUAAUGACAGCAGCACAGAGGGGGUUGUGUAGCGGAGAUGCUCCUCGGGGCUGUGCGGUGUGAUCGCUCUUGUGUAUUAGGGGAGGCCGGCCAUCGAUCAGCUGACAUUACUCACAUCUGCUUGUUUUCUCUCCUCCUGUUGCAGCCGUACAAGCCAUGCAGGAUGAUUUACUGAUGGACAAAACCAAAUCCCAGCAGCGGCAACAACAGCAGCAGUCAGCCUCCCAGCAGCAGCAGCAAGACAGCGUUAGUAUCUCGGAAGCCCCGUGUGCCGCAGAGUCCCCCCCCAGCACGGAGAACAGUGUCAGCGCCCCCACCCUGAAGGAGAAGAUGGAAUCUCCGAUCCUCCCGGGACUCAGCUUCCCCCAGCAGGAGCCCCCCGCCGGCCCUUCCCUGUCCCCAUCAUUCGGCAGCACCUGGUCCACCGGAGGGACGAGCAGCGCUGUGGAUGACAGCUUCUUCCAGGGGAUCCCUCCUGUCAAUGGGACGAUGCUCUUCCAGAACUUCCCCCACCACCAUCACCACGUCAGCCCAGUAUUCGGGGGCACCUUCUCCCCCCAGCUGGGGCUCGCCCACCACAAUCAGCAGCAGAGGAGAUCCCCAGUGAGCCCCAGCAAUCAUCCCCCCUACAACCAGAGAAACGCUUACAGCCAUCAGGCCAUCCUCACCAACAAACCUUCCUCCUCCUCUUCCUCAUCCCCAUCCAGCUGGAACAACCAGCAUAAUGCUGCCUGGAACAACCCCACCAACCCCUGGGGGGGGCUACAGCCUGGGAGGGACCCCCGCCGGGCAGUGGGGGUCGGGGUAGGUGUGGGAGUUGGGGUCCCCUCACCCCUCAAUCCCAUCUCCCCACUCAAGAAGCCUUUCUCUAGCAAUGUGAUCGCACCCCCCAAAUUCCCCAGAGCCUCACCAAUGGCCCCCAAAUCCUGGGUGGAGGACAACGUCUUCAGGACGGAUAAUGGAAACAACCUACUGCCCAUGCAGGACCGGAAUAGGCCCUAUGACUCCUUUAACCUGCACUCUUUGGAGAAUUCAUUAAUGGAUAUGAUACGGACUGAUCAUGAGCCUCUGAAAGCUCGAAUGGGGUUAAAUUUCCAUCAUCCAGCAACGGAUAACAUAAUGGCACUCAAUACCAGGAGCUAUGGUCGCAGACGAGGUCGAUCUUCACUCUUCCCAUUUGAAGAUGGCUUCCUCAGUGAUGGUCAUGGAGACCAAUCCUUGUCGUCUGGUCUGAAUUCUCCAACUCACUGUCAAAAUGGUGAAAGGGUCGAGCGCUACUCUCGGAAGGUGUUUGUUGGAGGGCUACCUCCUGACAUUGAUGAAGAUGAGAUCACAGCAAGCUUCAGACGGUUUGGACCGUUGGUUGUGGAUUGGCCACAUAAAGCAGAAAGUAAAUCUUACUUUCCACCAAAAGGUUAUGCGUUCCUGCUCUUUCAAGAGGAAACGUCCGUACAAGCUCUGAUUGACGCCUGCUUAGAGGAGGAUGGCAAGCUUUACCUGUGUGUAUCCAGCCCCACCAUCAAAGACAAACCUGUUCAGAUCCGGCCCUGGAAUCUUAGUGAUAGUGACUUUGUGAUGGAUGGGUCUCAACCUUUAGAUCCAAGAAAAACGAUAUUUGUUGGGGGUGUCCCACGACCCUUACGAGCUGUUGAGCUGGCAAUGAUCAUGGAUCGUCUCUAUGGGGGUGUCUGCUAUGCUGGCAUCGAUACAGAUCCGGAGUUGAAAUAUCCAAAAGGAGCUGGUCGGGUGGCGUUUUCCAACCAACAGAGCUACAUUGCUGCAAUCAGUGCUCGUUUUGUUCAGCUACAGCACAAUGACAUUGAUAAACGGGUGGAAGUGAAGCCAUAUGUGCUAGAUGAUCAGAUGUGUGACGAAUGCCAAGGCACUCGCUGUGGUGGGAAGUUUGCCCCCUUUUUCUGUGCCAAUGUGACCUGCCUGCAGUAUUAUUGUGAAUACUGCUGGGCUAGUAUCCAUUCCCGUGCUGGCAGGGAGUUCCACAAACCACUGGUGAAGGAAGGAGGUGAUCGACCUCGUCAUGUCCCUUUCCGUUGGAGCUGAACACUGCACCCAUCACUCAAGGUCUGGGAGAUGUGCAUCAUCUAGGCUCCUCAAGAUCUACAGAAGAAUUUGGUCUUUAUGUUCUUUUGUAUUAUAAAUAUUAGUUACAGCCACCUUACUUGAGUGUAACUGUCCUGAAUUUUGCACUUUGAUUUCUACCUAUAUAUAAUUGAAAACAUCUGCUUGGUACCUUAACUUUCCGUCACAGGAGUGUUGUGAGUAGAGACAUCUCAUUAGGCUGGUGCAAGUUCCUCUCUCUGCCAUGUUGUUGUGGGUGUGGUGAAGAAAUUCUCAACUGGAGCAUGCACUUAAAUAUCUGAUUCACAAUGUAUCUUACUCUCACCCCAUAGAAGAUGACUUACCAAAGGCCUCAUAAGUGGAUAAUGUAGCAAAAACCUUAGCAAUCCAUCAGUCUUAUCUCAUUCAUGCAGUGAAGUAUAGUGAAUGUCAUCACUGCUUUAUAAACCUACAACAUCUCCAGCUUGUAUGGGUAUUUAAGAACCAUGUAUUUUGUAACCUAAGUUAAAAAGAAAAAGUAUAUCUUAUAAAGUGAAUCAGAUUUUUUAUAUGUAUAUUUUAUUUUUUAUCUUAUUUUGCUGUGUUUUAUUUUUUAUUUUAUUUUUUUAUUAUUGAGCAGGUUAUGUUUGAAAGAUGUAGACCUUUUUAGUGUUAUGUACAUGUAUGCUGCAAUAGCUUUUGCUGCUAUUUAAACAAAAAUGGUGUUGGUAAUUCCAGAAUACUCUAUUCAGGCUAGGGUAUCUGUGAUUGAAAAAUACAAAAUGAAGUCAAUAAGAGCUGCUGGUAAAUUGAUUUAGAAACUUCCGAGGAAGGUCGUCUUAAUUUUUAUUAUUUUUUCCUACUGCAUGUUUGAUAAUCUGAUAGUUGCAUGCAAUAAUAAACGACAUCAUAUUCAACUUGACCACAAUGCACAAAUAAAGUGUCUAUAUAGACUAACGAUGCUAAAUAAUGAUAUAAAAUAAGACUGGAGGAAGGCAUGUCUGAUUAUCUGUAAUGCAUCUAAAAGAAUACGGUUAGUUCAUUACAGAUUUUUUUUAUUUACAACCAGUAAGUAAAAUAAAUGUAGGAAAUUAUUAAGUAAACGAAAAAAGUAUAGUAGAAAAAAAAACAUAAUUAAAGAUGCGGUGCUCUGUUAUAUUGUGCAAUUUAUUUUAUGUAGUAAAGUGAUUAUGUCCUGUACUGUGAUCAGAUGUAACUUAAGGCCUCUGUGUUUAUCUGACAGCUUGUUAGUUGAUAGUUAAACAAAAACAUGAGCUCUUUGUUAGUUACAAAUCCCUAUUUUGUGUUUUGUUUGUUUAUUUUUUAUUUUUUUAAUUAUAUUUUCUGUAGAGUAUUUUUGUAGUUAUUUUAGCCCAAGCUCGGCACACUAAUUAUUCCGUAAUCUAUUGUUCUCAGACACUACCAAAAUGAUUGGAUAUAUUAUCUGUUGGACAUGCAAGGCACAAAAAUGCUAAAUUAAUGUCUGCCUUGAAAAUGUAUCAGGGUAAGGUUUAGUAUUUUUUUUUUUUUAAGACAAACUAAACUUUUAUCCUACGUGUAUCCUGUGAAGCUUGAAGAUUUAGUCCUGCUAACAGUGGGCAUUUUUUAGCACAAGGCUGUUCUGCAGAUAGUAUUUAUUGGUGUACAAGUCUUGAAAGUACCCCGACUCCUUUUAAGAAAGGAGCCUCCCAAUUUAAUAGAUUUAAAUACAGGUAGUUUACCUGCAAAAGAUGGCAUGUCUGUGCACAGAGAGCAUAAUAAUUUCUUGUGUUCCCUGAAGGAUUUUCUGCAAUUUAAUUCUUUGUGGGCACAAAGUAUUUAUUUUUCUCAUAUUUGUAUGUUAAGUUGCAAAUGUAAGACAUAAAGUAAUUAUUUUUUUAUAUUUUAUCUUAUUUUUUUUGCUUUUGAAUAAUAUAUUCAAGCGGGAAAAAUGUGGGAGCUACAUCUUUAUGUGCCCUCUGCAUUGCAUAUCCUUUUGGAGCUAUUUGAAGCUAUAACUUUUGUUAAAAAAAAAAAAAAUAAUCUGUCAUCUGUAAAAAUGUUUUGUUAUGCACUACUAUUUGUACCUGGGCAAUUUUUCACAGUCCACUUUUGUUUUUGUUUUUUUUGUUUUUAAUAGAAUCUUUUUUUUGACAUGAUCUUUUGCAAUACCUCAAAUUUUGAAUAUAGGAAAAAAUAUUUUCUAAGUAACUUUAUUCAGAAAUAUAUAUUAAUUUAAAUUUUUCAAAGAUAAUGAUUUAAUAUUACUAUUUUUUUGUUUGUUUCCACGCUUUAUUUGCUUUUUUAUGUUCAGAUCAUUUGGAAAAAAAAUUAGAGCUUUGUAACUUUAUAUGACAAUUUAGUGAGACAAAAAAUCUACCCAAUUGUGAGAAUAAAGCCUUGAGAUCGUUGGUCAAGGAAAAAAAUAGCAGAGACCCACAAAAUUAUAUAUAAUAACCAUGUUAUAGUUGGUGCUCAAAGCAAGGACUGGUAGAUUAAAAAAAAUAUAAAUAAAAUUUGUAUGUUAAUAAUCAAGUGUUGAUUAUGCAUGACUGACCAGAAUUGUGAAAGAAUUCUUCUAUUUGUCUUUUUUAGAAAACCUUUAUUUUUUAGUUUGUUAAAUUAUGGUGGUCUUUACUUUUUUGUUUUCCCAAUUUGUAAACCUGUAAGCCCCAAAUUCUGUUAAUUCAUGUUAACCUAUUUGCUGUAAGAGGAAUCCGCAAUUAGUUUUUUCUUUGCCUGACCCUCUUACAACUAAGUGGUUUAGCAGGGUCCUUUGCGCGAAUAAUAUUUUUUAAAAUGCAUUUUCGAUUGCAACUUAACUAAAAUGUUGGAUGUAUCAGUUCAGUUGGUUGCCUUUCCUUGGUGUUAGACUUGAAUUAGUCAAUAUUUUGAAGGCAGACUUAAUCUUGAUUAUUUGUUGUUAUGUGCAAUACUGUUUGUACUGUUUAUAUAAAAAAGAAAAAAAAAAAGAGAAAAAAAUGCAUAAAUCUUAUUGCAGAUUUAUUUUCAUUGCAAACAUUGUGGGUUCCGUAAGAUCAUUUUUCUACUGUCAGAUAUGUACCUUUUUCUUCAUGCUGGUAUUUUUUCAAUAGUAAUGUAGCCUUUGUACUGAGACAAGAUUUUCAUUGUUAUUUUUAGAAAGAUUUUUUGCUAAGAAAAAAAAAUGAAAACAUAUUUACAUAUUUUUCAUUUUUAUUUUGUAUUCUCCCUAGAGUGCUUUCUCAACCAUAAAUAACUGUUGUUCCUCGGAGGUACUUUCAGAUCUGGUCAAUGUCAUUAAUAUUAUUUUGUAUUUUUACUUGGAAUAAAUUAAUUUUAUUAUGCUAAUUGUUUAAAAAGUUUAUUUUUUUCAUUUCCGUUAUUUUUGACGCUAAAGAAACCUUUGUAAUAUUGUUACUAAAGUGUCUAAUUUUUUGAAAAGCAAAGCUUUAUGUAUUAACAUGCUGAUGUGGUUUACAAUGGUGUGGCAGUGAUGAAAAUGGUUGGUUAUGUAAAGUGAUUUAAAUAAUGUAAUGAACAAUUGGGCAAUAAAAAAUUGAGUGAAGCAGAAACA